CCACCGCUCAAAACGACCGAUUCCCAGAAGGAAGUGCUGCUCCAACUAGGAAAUCGCGAUCGGACAGUACGGCCACCGACUCGAGCGACUCCGAGAUGUCCGAUGAUUCUAAUUCGGUAUUUGGCGAUGACGAGGGCACUCUGUCUGUGGACCAGGAUUUUUGUGGCGUGAGCAUAUAUCGGAUAAAGACAUUGUAUGCCAACUGUCUCUAUCGGUUGAUCUGUCGCCAAGUCUUCAAUGACGGUCAGACCAACUGUACAGACUCAAAAAACGUCACACCCGGCACCUCGAAGUCCAGCUCCAGCUCGAACCCACAGUCGCGCCCAGCCCCAAAGGGCAAGCGUAGAGCUGACCAGAUAUCCACAAACGUGAACAUUGGGAGUGAGGAUGGGGAUGGACAAGACGAUGACGACGAUGACGAUGAUGGAAUCGACCCCAGACCAACCAAGAACGCGCGAAAGGAUGAGCCCAAACCACCGCGUCUGGCAUGUCCAUUCUACAAACGACACCCCGAUAUAUUCAGCAAUAUAUCCAGUGGCUGUGGACCGCGUGUCUAUGAGAAUUCAUCUCGGGUCAAACAACAUAUCGAACGGAAGCACAAGCCCCCUAUAUACUGCCCGCUAUGUUCAGCAGUCUUUGAAUCCGAGUGUGUGCGUGAUUCUCAUACCCGAGAGAACAUCUGCGCGAUACAGCCGCAGAAGGAACGGACUUGGGCGACUUCAGAACAGCUACAACAGCUGAAAAGUCGCAAGAGGGGCGGAUCCGGGACAGAAAUAGAGAAGUGGAAUAGAAUCUAUGGCAUUCUGUUCCCCGGUGAUAGACUACCGGACAGUCCAUAUCUCGAUUCUACUCUGUCAGCGCAGAUAAACGUCUUGCGACAAGAAUUCCAGAACGAAGCACCAGCUGCUGUGUUAGCAGCAAUUCGAUAUGUUAUUCCUGGGCGGCUGCGAGACAUCGAUGCUGAAGAACUUCUAGGCAUCAUGCGCUCGACACACGACCAGGUAUUUGAUCACAUCCUGAGCAGGAUGCGAUCCGGCCAAUCACGAGAUGCUACCGGGGUCUCUGAUUCGGGGAUGGGAGCAAGUCUUGACAAGUCAAAGGAAGGUUCACCCCCCCGUUCUCAGGAGGUUGAACAGGAACAACCAACGGCUGUUGAUUUCAAUAAUGAAGGCCUUUUGAGCGCGGUGAGCGGACCUGAACCACCUCCAGUUGAUGAAUUGGAACAGCUGGACAUAUUUCCGUUUGGGUUUUUCGACUUCAAUCAUUCUAAUGGUGAUUUUGAUGACUGAUUUUUGAGAUUGGAGGUAUUCGCAGCGCAGGGAAAGAUUGGCUUGAUUUAAUGUAUCGUACCAUGAUUUAAAUGCUAUUUCACGUUUGUUCUGUUCAUUUUUAUCUUAUUUUUUGGGCAACUGUAUGGACCAGGGAUCAUGUGAGAUCACGUGACAGUAACAGUAGCCAUGACUCAGCAUCUACAUUGGGUUAGGGCUGGGUCAGGUGAACCAGCGACAUGUGAAUUCAGUGCCUCAUUCUCUUGUUAUCUCGAAGUCCCCUGGAAGAUGUCCAGGGGUCGCUCAUCAUACUUCGUAAUUUCUUUUUCCAGUUGAAGACAAUGUCGCUGCCGCAUGUUACUAGUCAAUCUAGAACCAACCUCGGUCAGUCAAUCCAUACGGGUUCGAAUGCAAAUGAUGACUUUUUGCGC